AAUACAAUUGUUAUGACAGUUGUGUUGACAUUAUUAUUGGACACAAAAUGUUUGUCAAUUGAAACAAACAAAUAAAAGAUGUUUUGAUCGCCAAAAACAACACAAAAGACAAGACAUUUGAAGUUUUGCAGUCAUUUAGGUUUAGUGUCCGCUGUUUGCCGACGACCGACGACCCGAUCGUCGAUCACAUUGACUGCGAUUAGUGACGACCACUACUGACCAAUCGGUUUGCGACCGAAAUUAAUGCGCAUUUAUUGUGUACUCAAAGGCAAUCAGUUGACGAAGUAUUCAGUGACGGCCACUCGCGAUAUAACCGACACAACAAUCGGCACCGAAAUGGCCGACAAUAAUAAUAUCGCCUCUCAUCAGAGUCAGGCGUAUUGUCUGCGACGGGCGAACCAUAUGUCGGACAUGAUUGAGAACUUUGACCGCAUGUUUAAAGACGAGUCGCUAACCGACUGCGCGCUGAUCUGUGCCGAAGGACACGCCAUUAAAGCUCACCGAAUGAUUCUGUCGGCCAGCAGUCCAUUCUUUCGUACAGUUUUUGAACAAAUGUCGAACCAGUGUCCCAACUAUCCAAUGGUUUACCUCAAAGACAUGCCUAUGUCUGAUCUCAGAGCUAUCAUUGAGUUCAUCUAUACUGGAGAAGUGACGGUCGGACAGGAACAGCUCGAAAGUGUCAUCCGAUCGGGUGAAGCGUUACGUAUUAAAGGUCUCGUCGAUAUUGAUCGCCGAGAGAAUACCAAUAACAGUACGGCCACUAUUGCCAAGAAGAGGCACCGAAAACAAAGGCGUAAACAAAGAAAAACAUUGUCCGAGAAGAAUGAAAACAAUGAGAACAAUAAAACAGAGGAAGAGAUUGAAGCCAAUGAUAGCGCUAAUACUUCCGAUAGUGAAACAGAGUUAUCUGACGGAGACACCAGUGAUCACUCUUUUGUUGGGACCCCAACUGAUCUGAGUGUUUCUCGAACCUAUAAUGAGAGUAUCGCCGCAUCCGAGGAUGGCAUAGAACCGACAAGACUUCUGGAACAGUCUAUGAUCACCGGAGAUACUAGCAAUAGUGUCAACUCAUCCAAUCAUAAUGAUCAGGACCGAAAACUCAAUUAUGACGGCGCCAUAGAUCUGAUGUCACAAAUCUCUUCAGCUAUAAUUAAUGAAAAUAAUGAUCACAAUCACCGAGAAAUACCAUCGGUUCCGGGAACAAGUCGUUGUUCACAAUUGAAAUCUAACGACAAACGUAAACCUAAAUCAUCGAAAAAGUCAUUGUCGUCAGCCGUGGAUCCAACGAUACUACAGCUAAGACAACAGAGAUUCCAAUGUCAUAUCUGUCAUCAAGGAUUCACUGCCAAACGCAACCUUCAGAGACACUAUCAGAUCCAUAACUACUACCGGAAUAAGUUUGAGUGCGAACACUGUGACCGACAGUUUUCGUGGAAACAUACGCUUAAUAUUCAUAGAGAAAAGGCUCAUAACAUCAAAUUGUAGCUAUUCUUGUGAUUUAUUAUUAUUAUACAAAAAAUACAGUCACUUAUAAAUAAUAUUUCAUAUAAUAU